AUGGAGAACGGGGGUGAGAGGAGGGCGAUGGAGAAUGGGGGCGGGACGAUGCGGAGGUUUCCAGCCACGGAGUGGGUCAUGUGUUCCACGUGCUCCGGUUUUGUGCGCAGGAGGGGGCACAGAGCCGAGGUGGUGGAGGUGGUGAAGGAAGCCAAGAAGAUGUGGGACUUGAUGAAGGCGGUCCUGCUGCACGGGCCCCUCCAGGAGAGAGAGCCGGCUGAGGCGACGAAGGAGCAGUGGACGGUUCUGCAGAAGGGGAGGAUGAUUAUGAUGGAGACCAAGAAGUGCCCGACUUGUUCCGGUUCGCUGUUAGAGGCGUGCCCGACUAGCUCGAUGGAGGAAGGCAGCGAGUUCAUGGCUGUCCUUCCGUCGGAGGGCGGGGUGGAGAGGAAGAAGAUUGCGAUGGAGGACGAGGCGAUGGUGGCAGACGCCAGAUCGGAGCAGAAGUUGAAGCAAUCGAGGGAGGAGGGCAAGAGAUCUAGCAGCGGAUUGGAGGAGAAGAAGGCGAAGAGCGAGGAUAAGGAAGGCAGCGGAUCAAAGAAGAAGAAGGCUAAGAGAUCGAGCGAGAUGGAUGGCAGUGGAUCGAAGGAGGCGAAGAUGAAUGGCAGCGAAUUGAAGGAGGAGGCGAAGAUAGAGGACACCAUCAAAUCGGACGGCGUAGAUAGGAAGACUAAGAUGGAGAUUUUUAGGUACAAGAAGGCCUUCAAGAGUUUGAUCGAUCAGCCCCCUGUCAAGUUUCAAUGGGAGGUGGAAUCGGCUGUCGGAAAUAGGAAGACUAAGAUGGUGACUCAGAGGUUGGACAAGAAGUCCAUUCAUAUUUUCAAGAAUCAGCCCCCUCCCAAGCCCCUCAUCGACAAUUCGCUUUACGUGAACCAACGCAUGAUUGAUAUUAUUACUGCCCAUGAUGAGGUUGAUCGUGUGUUACUUGAGUACUUGCAAUGCCAUUCCUCCAUCAAGGGGUAUGCUGAGGUCCAGCUGGAGGUCACCGAUGGCGAAGGCGAUGACCACAAGUUGGUGUAG